AUGGAUACGUACCAGUGGUUGCACCUUAUACAGGCCUGCAAGGAGGUUUCCAUGCUUGAGGAAACUGACUCUCGCAUUAGGUCAUCCUUGGGAGCUCCCGACACAGUAAUCUACAACAGGCUGAUUGAGCAGUAUGGGAAGCUUGGAAGCCUAGAUGGCGCUCGGAGAGCUUUCAACGACGUCAGAGAGAAGAACGGCUUCACUUGGGUGGUAAUGCUGGUGGCUUGUGCCCGAAACGGGCAUAUGGAGGAGGCGCAGCGCGUGUUCGAUCAGAUGCCACGGAAGACGCCGGAGUCUUGGACAGCAAUGCUAAAUGCGUAUGCCCGAGCUGGGCGUAUCGGCAAAGCGAAGAAGAUCUUCGACGAGCUGCCUCACAGGGAUUUGGUUUCGUGGACGUCCAUGCUGACGGCUUAUGCCCGCUGCGGAUAUGUGGACCAGGCGAGAGAGAUCUUUGACCAAAUGCCAGUUUGGAACCUUGUUUCCUUUACGGCAAUGCUCAGCGGGUAUUCGCGAAACGCACAGACCGAGCAAGCGGUGGAACUCUUCUCCCAAAUGCCAGAGCCGGAUUUAUUUGCGUGGACGACGAUGCUAGCUUUACAUGCUCAACAGGGACACGUCCAUGAAGUAAUGAAGAUGUUUGAGGCGAUGCCCUUGCGGGAUCUGGUGGCGUGGUCUUGUCUCGUAGCGGCAAAUGCAGGGAUGGGCCUCGUCGAGCAGGCCAAACAAGUGUUCGAUGCAAUGCCGGAGUGGAGCCUUUUUUCCUGGAACUCGAUGAUAAGCAUGUACGGACAGAAUGGAAACUUGGAGGAGGCCAAGCGCUUGUUUGACGAGAUGUUCCAGCGUGAUGUGUUCUCCUGGACUUCUCUUCUUACAGCGUUCGCUCAAAGCGGGCAGAUUGCUCUUGCACGGCAGACCUUCGAGACAAUGCCGGAGUUUAGUCUCGUCUCGUGGAACUCCAUGCUCGCUGCUUACGAGCAAAACGGAGACUUUGAUCGUGCUAGAGAGAUUUUCGACUCGAUGCUACUGAGGGACUUGAUUUCCUGGAACACCAUGCUAGCCGCGACUGCUCAUCAUGGGCUCCUGCACCACACGAAGCUCCUGUUCGGCGGCAUGCCAUGCAGGGACUUGGUCUCGUGGACGACGAUGGUGGCGGCUUUUGCAGAGAACGGGCAAGUGGAAGACGCAAAGGCAGCGCUGGAUUCCAUACCUGUGUGGAACUUAUCAUCAGUGAACUCCAUGCUCACUGCGUUCGCGAGAGCCGGGCUCGCGAAGGACGCCAAGAGGAUGUUUGAUGCGAUGAGGCACAAGAACAUCGUCUCGUGGAACACGAUGCUGGAGCUUUACGCACAGAACGGGUUCCACAAAGAGCUUGCGCGCGUGUUUGAGGACAUGCCCGAGCGGGACACAAUCUCCUGGAACACAGCCAUCUCGGCCUACGCACAGAGGGGCCACGCCGCUCAAGCAAAGAGACUCUUCGAUCAAAUGCCGGAGCGGAGCUCGGUUUCGUGGAGCUCAAUGGUGGCACUCUACAGCUACCAUGGCCGCUCCAGCCAAGCGUUUGUCACAUUCGAGGAGAUGAACUUGGAGGUGGCUCCUCGCGUCGACGAGGUUUGCUUUGUGUCUCUCAUGGCUUCUUGCGGCCGAGAAGGCAGGACUCUGGCCGGGAAGAAGUGCUUUGUGUCGAUGAAGGAAGACUUUGGGAUCUCCCACACAAAGCACCACUACUGCUGCAUGGUGGACUUGCUGGCCAGGGCGGGAUACUUGAUCGACGCGCAAGAACUCGUGAGGGCCAUGCCGUAUCGUGCUACCGCGGUGGAGUGGCUUUGCUUGCUGUGUGCUUGCAACAGCCGCGGGAGUCUCAAGCACACCGCCGUGGAGAUCAAGUCGGUACUGGAGCAAAACUUUGGAUCCGCGUUUGUGGUGUUGGCAAACAAAACGAUUUGA